UGUAAUAAAAUGUUUUAUCUCUUUCAGGCAGAUACAGUUCUUGCUGGUAGACUGGUGCAUGUGAUUAUAUCUUAAUUGGUCUCUACUUUGAGAAAGAGUUAACAUCUACCAGUUUACUGUGAUUUUAUAUGGGAGGAAUGUGAUUUAAAAAAAUACCAAGUAUUAAGUCUUUCUAAACAGUAUGGAAUGCCUAAUAUUUUGGCAGUUAAUCUACAAGUGAUUUAAAGAAAUGUAUAUAUAUGUAGAGUAGGUGAACUCGGUGCAAUGUUUAGGAUGUUACAUAGGUCAGCACGCGUGUUGUUACUGCUGACAUCAGUUCUACAGAUACUACCAGCUGACUGUGAUUCAGACAGUGACGUGCGUUAUGUGCCGGUUACAUGUAAUGGUUCAAUGCCAAGCUCACAAGUCAAGAUGGAAUUUUCUUCCUCUGUGGUAGAUGAAGAGUAUAUCGUGUCCUUUAAUGCAUAUUACAAGAAGGAAACGAGGAAGAGAUACCUGCAUGCGGCGCUACAUGAUUCUGGCGUCACGUCAUGGAUGGUCGUCAACAGAGAUAACCCAGCAUUUGACUAUCCCAGUGACUUUGAUCUUGUUAAGUUGAAAGAUGAGCAGCAGGCUGGGAUUGAAUCGUUGAAACAUCAUCCAGUGAUCAAAGCUGUCACGCCACACAAAAAGGUUACCAGGUCACUCAAGUUUAUUAAAGAUGAUAGUCCCGGGACAGAUGAGAAAAUUUCAGAUACUGUUGCUGACAUCAACCAAAACAGAAACAGGAAAAGUUUAUCACUGGCGGCAGCAUACUGGCAAUCGCCAUUACGACGGGGUCGAAAUCUUCUCAGGGCUGUACCAAAACAGAUUGCUAGUGCACUGCAAGCAGAAAUAUUGUGGAACAUGGGAUACACAGGUGAAGGGGUGAAGGUUGCUGUAUUUGAUACUGGAUUAUCUGAGUCACACCCACAUUUCAAACCUGGCAGAGUAAAAGACAGGACAAACUGGACACAUGAGAAAACACUUGAUGAUGGUCUUGGUCAUGGUACGUUUGUAGCAGGUGUGAUUGCAAGUCACAAAGAAUGUCUAGGAUUUGCCCCAGAUGCUGAUAUAUACGUAUUUAGGGUCUUCACUAAUAAUCAGGUAUCUUACACAUCCUGGUUCUUAGAUGCCUUUAACUAUGCAAUUCUGAAGAAAAUCAAUGUACUGAAUCUGAGUAUAGGGGGACCUGAUUUCAUGGAUCAUCCGUUUGUAGACAAGGUCUGGGAGUUGACAGCUAAUAAAGUUAUCUUGGUAUCAGCCAUAGGAAAUGAUGGACCUUUGUAUGGCACUUUGAACAACCCUGCAGACCAGAUGGAUGUUAUAGGUGUGGGUGGUAUCAAUUUUGAGAACCAAAUAGCCAGAUUCUCAUCUAGAGGAAUGACUACUUGGGAGUUACCGUCAGGGUAUGGUCGUAUGAAGCCAGACAUUGUGACAUAUGGUUCAGCUGUCAGAGGGUCUGCUCUCAAGGGUGGAUGUAGAUCACUGUCUGGAACCAGUGUAGCUUCUCCAGUUGUAGCUGGUGCUGUUUCCCUGCUCUUCAGCUCUGUAUUGGAUCGUAUAGAUGUCAUAAAUCCAGCCAGCAUGAAGCAAGCCUUGAUAGCAUCUGCUCGCCGACUACCAGACUCUAAUGUAAACAUGUUUGAGCAAGGACAUGGGAAACUGGAUCUUGUCAAGGCUUACCAGACAUUGAGAACUUACAAGCCACAAGCUAGUUUGAGUCCAAGCUAUAUUGAUUUUUCUGAGUGCCCAUACAUGUGGCCGUACUGUUCCCAGCCUCUAUAUUACAGUGCCAUGCCACUCAUAGUUAAUAUCACUAUUCUGAAUGGAAUGGGAGUGAGUGGGAAAAUCCUGGGCAAGCCAUUAUGGGAGCCGUACAAGCCUCACUAUGGUAACUACCUGGAGGUCGCAUUUUCCUACUCAAAGACAUUGUGGCCAUGGUCUGGUUACCUGGCAGUAUCCAUAUCAGUGUCAAAGGCCGCUGCCAAAUGGGAGGGGAUAGCUCAAGGACAGGUCACCUUGACCAUAGAAUCACCACCAGAGGGAGAUGAGACAGAGCCGAGAAUUUCCAAGCUUAAACUUCCUAUUAGAGUGAAAAUCAUUCCAACUCCUACAAGAAGUCAGAGAAUAUUAUGGGACCAGUAUCAUAAUCUACGUUACCCGCCUGGGUAUUUCCCGAGGGACAAUCUACGUAUGAAGAAUGAUCCUCUUGACUGGAAUGGCGACCAUGUUCACACAAACUUUAAGGACAUGUACCAACAUCUAAGAGCAGCUGGAUACUUUGUUGAAGUUCUAGGUUCACCAUUUACCUGCUUUGAUGCUAGACAUUACAGUACGUUGCUAAUAACUGACACUGAGGAGGAAUAUUUCCCGGAGGAGGUGACUAAACUGAAGCGAGACAUUGAUAAUGGAUUGUCCAUUAUUGUACUAGCAGACUGGUAUAAUGUCUCGGUGAUGAAGAAAGUCAAGUUCUACGAUGAAAAUACAAGGCAGUGGUGGAUGCCGGAUACUGGAGGAUCAAACAUUCCAGCCAUCAAUGAUCUUCUGUCCCCAUUGGGAAUGGCAUUUAGUGACCAUGUAUACGAGGGGGACUUUACACUUGGUGAUCAUGAUAUGUACUAUGCCUCAGGGACAAGUAUAGCUAAGUUUCCUAAACAGGGAAUUGUUGUGUCAAGAACUCUUAAAGACCAAGGUAAUGAGGUAGUGAACGGGGAAGUUAAGCUGGCGGAAAAAGUUCCUAUCCUUGGACUAUAUCAGACAACACUGAACCCUGACAGUGGUCGAGUGGUGCUUUAUGGUGAUUCCAAUUGUUUAGAUAACAGUCAUAUGCAGAAAGACUGUUUUUGGAUGUUGAGUGCAAUCCUGGAGUACACAUCCCAUAAUACAUUGCCACCAGUGUUUGAAAAUCAAGAGCAAGUAACUCUACCUCUAGCCCCAGUACUGCCUGAGAGAAUGGAAGGGAACCACUUGCAUCGUUAUUCCAAGGUCAUUGAAGGUCAUCUAGGUACUCCGAGGGCACGACCUCUGCCUGUGUGUCCAAACCUGGUUUGGGCCAAACCCCAUCCUCUCAACAUAACAGCACCCUCAAACCUUUAUCAGCCUCAAAAACUUCUGUCCAUCAAUAAUUUUGAUGCCGUCAAUCUGAAUGUAAUGGGUGGUCCAAAAGAAAAUUUUAUGUCUGAAUCAGAAAGUGCAAUCAAGGAUUUACCGAAUCAGGUUGAGCAGAAAUCUCCUGGACAAUCUUACACUCAGGAUGUCGACACAUCUGCAGUGUUUCCUGCCCUCGCAUUCUUGGGUACAGCGUUAGUUGUUCUGUUUUUGUUGAAUCAGUAUUACAAAGGUAGAUCAAAACCGAAACGUAAACGUCCCAGGACAAAGAAAUUUCACAAUCUGAUGUAUGGAUACAAAGUUCCAUCUGUGUGAAGGAAAUAUCAUGGUUAAAAUACUCAUUACUUACAGUGCAAGACAUUCCAGAAUUUGAUUAACCUAGACUUUUGUAUGGAGGAAGAUUCAACUUUUAGGAUCAAAUUUGAGAUAGAAGUGAUAUUCUAGCUUGUGUCUAGUCAGGUCAGCUGCCUCGGUAGUGUGCAUUUCAUGCAUUGAAAAUGACUUCAGAAAUGUCUCUAAGUCUUCCAGGCUGUAAAAACUUCAGUUUGAAGGCCAGUCUAUAAAUGCUAGCUUACCAUUGGUCGAUUACAAGUUGGGAAUCUGAAUACUUUUAAUUUUGAGACUAGUUCAUAAUCUUAAGUUUUAUAGCCUGGCACCCAGGUCAGAGGUAUGUAAAGGUCUGAGAAUUAGCCCCUAACAUGUGAUAUCUAAACACAGGAAUAUUUUGUGUACUAUAAUUGAUCCCAUAAGUUUAAUUUUGUCUUUGAAAAUAGAAAGCAGAACUAUUUUUAAUCUGACUAUAACUCUGGAAUACAUUCCUAGAGUAAAUGGGUUACAGAUUUGAAGAAUGCUAAUUGAGAGAUGUAAAUUACGCUGAUAAGUGCACCUGAGAUGUAUAUUACCCUGGUAAAGAGAAUAUUACCCUAAUUAAAUGCAUUUAAGAUGUACAUGUAUAUUAUCCCAAUAAAGUGCACUUGAGAUGUACAUUGACCUGGUAAAGAGAAUAUUACCCUAAUUAAAUGCAUUUAAGCUGUACAUGUAUAUUAUCCCAAUAAAGUGCACUUGAGAUGUACAUUGACCUGGUAAAAUGCACGUGAGAUGUGUAUUGUCCCUACCAGUGCACUUCAGAUGCAUGUUACCCCAGUAAAAGUAAUAUGAAGUUCUCCAGGAUAUCAUUUUUUACCCGUGAUCAACAUUCAGUUCCCAAUCAGGUGUGCUUUCAGACUGUCUCUUACUUAGCUUAUAAACCAAGUUUAUGUUGAAAAAAAUGCAACAUUUAUGUGUUGUUGUUGUUGUUUUUUGCAUUGAUUGAUUUGCUGUUUUCAAGGUUUUCUGAAAUGUGUUUAUAUUAACAUUAAUUUUAAUUUAUUUUUGCAUUUAUGGUGUUUCCAGAAAACUGUAAAGAACAGUGUGAACAGUUUUGCAAUAAUUAUGACUCAACCUUGAGAAAUCCAGUCAGUAUUGUAUGUGUAGGAGACACACAGUAAAUUAAUAUUUCUUAUUUUUAAUUGAUGGAAACCUGUCCUGUAUAAAUGUUUAUUUAUUUCUGCCAAAAUCUCACUGACUAUGGUAUUUAUUGUGACAUGGUACUAUCUGUAUACAAUACUUUGAAGUUUCUAGAAAUGAAAUUUCAUAAAAUAUUAUUAUGUCACCUUGGUAAAACUCAACAAAAUGUGAAUGUUGUGUACAAGAGCUUGUUAAUUUGUUAUUCUUUGUGCUUUAAUAUGUAUAAAUGUACUUCCAAAUGAUCUCAUAGUAUAUUAUGGAGUUUUUAAUGAUCUUUUUUCCUCUCACUUUCCCUCUGAUUUAUGAAAGAUUGUAAUAAUCCCUUCAGAAAGUAAGCAAUUUCAUCAGAUUCAAUAUCUUCAUAAACGUAAAUACAUUAUUUGUCAUUUAUGUAUAUAGAAACAAUUUUAUACAUGUUUUACUUUCAUUUGUAUAGUUUGAUCAUGAAAAAAUUAAUGGAAUAGAACAGAUAUAUCUUGUUUAUUUGAUAUUUUACUUUUCUUUACAUCUGUGUAACCAGAACAUUUCGGUCCCAUGUGCUGAUUAAAUAUCCACUUAAAAGAAAAAAAAAUACCAAUUGUUAUUUAAUACUGACAAGCAUCUUUUGAUGCAAUAUAAUGUGUAUUAUACUGUAAUAAACUUGAACACCUACAGUCAGAUCCACUGUAGCAGCUGUAUGUGAUCAUAUAGAAGGGUGAAAGUUGUAAAAGUCUACAUGCUUCCUGCUUUUGCGAUGUCGGUACAAAAUACUGUUACAUGAGUGUAACAGCAAAGCGAUCGUAUAAUGUUAUUUCACUCACACGAUAUCAAACAUGUGAUAAAUUUUUAUCUUGAUAUAAAAACAUUUUGACAUAUACAGUAUACAUUAUUUAGUUUGAAUACCGUAAUGAAAAUAUUUUGUAUAGAACUUCAUGUAUUUGUGCUUGUAUUAUCAUUGAUUAGCUUAGAUUAAUUUACACAAAGUGAUAAAUUUUGUGUGUAAAUUUAUUUAUUUGAACUUCAAGUGAAUUUGAUUGUAUGAAGUGUGUGAAUAUUUGUUAUAACAUGUUGACAGUAUACUGUAUACCCCUGAAUAUAGGCCUCUUUAAAAUAAAUGCACCCCCAAACCCUAAAUCAUUUUGUCAAAGAGAAAUCACUUACCAGCCUUGAGUGCUGUAUUUUAAUAUUUUCAAGAAAAUCACCAGAAUUUAUUCUACCACCAGGUAAGUUUUAAAAUAGGUGCUUAUUUGUGGGUAUGCAGAAUUUCUGUAUUUAUUGAUGAAUUUUACAACUUUAGUGUAUGAGAUAUUGCUGUGAAUUAUGAAGCUAGAACUGUCCCUACAGGAAGAUCUGGUUUAAUUGUUACUUUAUGAAUCUGUCUUGCCAAAAUUCAGCCUCAUGAACAGAGAUUUUUUUCACUAAAUGAAAUGCAGUUGAAAAUACCAAAUGGAGAAUGUUAAAUUAUUAUUUGCUUUUGAGUAACCUGCAAUGAAAGAAAAUGUUAAUACUGUCCAUGAAAAAAAUUAAUGACUUCAGAAAUGUCUGUUCAUGGAGGGAAAAUGUAUGUCUCUGCUCAGCAACAGAGUAAGUCUAUAUUUAGACAACACAGUCUAUAUUUAGACAACACAGUCUAUAUUUAGACAAAAGCUUCAGUAUUUAGACAACACAUCUUGAAGUGGACUAACUAUCAUAUAUAAUGUAUUUUGUAGUUGCAUCAGUCCAUUGAAUUUAAUCCCAAUUAAUAAACAAAAUUCCCAAUUAUUGUAUAUUUAAAAUUUGAAAUGUAUGAAUACAUGUACCCACACAAAUAAACAGUUUUGUCAAAAGGUGAAAUUUCAUGACCUUGAAAUUAAAUGAUUUCAUGAUAGCCUUUAUUUAGAUAACAGAAUCAAUAUUUAGACAACAGUGUCUAUAACACAGACAAGAGAAUCUAUUUUUUGAGUAUAUAUUCAGACUACAGAAAUAGAUGCUUUAAAGCUGUCAUAAUAAGAAAUGGUAGUUUCCAAUUUUUUUCGUAAAAGCGCAGAUAUAUUAUAUUUAUUAGAAAUUUUAAAAACAGUAAACAUUGUUGUUAUGUUUUAUAAGCGAUAAUUGUGUUGAUUUUGAACAUCAUGGUAUAAAUGAGUUAUGUAUGAGUGCCAUUUACAGUCAGGUUUUUAAGAAGAAAUUAUGUGGGGAAAAUAAACUUUUUGAAAUGUGUAA